CCCAAUCAUGGCCCCCACUGCACCCCUGUGAGCUCCUGCCCCCCCACAACCCGCAAUCCCAUCCCUUCUCUGCUCCCCUGGGGCCCCCCAAUGCAGGCCCCCCACUGCCUCCCCUGGGAGCUCCCAGUCCCCCCCGUGUCCCUCCUCCCCCAGGAGCUCCUGGUCCUGGCCCCCCGCUGUUCCACCUUGGGAGUCCCCCAUCCUGGCCCCCUAUUGCUGCCCUGGGAGCCCUUGAUUCUGGCCCCUCUGGGGUCCCCAGCCUGGUCCUGCACUGCACCCCAGGACUCCCAGCCCCCUUCUGUUCCUGGGACCUCCGAUCCUGGCCAGGGGCCCCUUGAGACCUCACUGUUCUGCUGGUUUGGGGUGUCCAGCACCAGAUGUGGGUGGGUGCCUGGCCCCUCGAUCCUGGCCUGGGUCCCCACAGGCCCCGCCCAAGACUUCAUUGCUCCCCUGGGCUGGGGUGUCCAGCACCAGGUGCUCCCCAGAGUCCCCUGAUCCUGGCCCCCUAUUAUUCUUUGGUGUACCCCAUAUCCUGGCUCAGGGCCCUCUGACCCUGAGUCUCUUAGGACUGUGGUGUCCAGCCCUGGAUGAGGGCAGGGCCCAUGGGACACCCUCCCCCACAUCCUGAGAGCCUGUGAUUCUCCUCGACCCCCAACCUCACUGCUUCCUGGGAGUGAGUUGUGGCGAUCAGCACCAGAUGAGACCAGGACACCCCCUCGCAGUGUCCCCAGCUCGGGGCCCACUGACUCCCUCCAGCCUAGGACCUCACUGUCACUCUGAGCUGGAGUAACCCCCAGCAGGUGAGACACCCCACACGAUUCCCUCCCCCUGGACUGGGCAGCUCAUCUCCCUCUGCUUCCCUCCCAGCCCAGCAUGAGUCACCAUGUGAAUUCUGCAGAAGCUGCCCCUUUCCCCAGCCUUCACCUGAGGCAGUGGGUCUGACUGGGCCGGGGCUUUAGGCAGAUCUGACCCCGUGGGCGGGGGUGUGAAUUUUGUGGGGUUUACUGCUGAACACCAGUUUGUGCCCCCACAGCUCCCGGCGGCUGCGCUCCUUAAAUAGUCCUGAUCUCCAGGGCUACAGCCGUGGAGCUUGGUAACCAGGUCAGAAAGGAAGGCUCCCUGGAAGCCAGGGCAGAAUUAUUCCAGUCUGCAGACAGGGAACGUGAGGCUCCCAGGCGCUGCUGGCAUCAGUCCUCUGCUCAGACCCCAUCCCAGGGAGCCUUGUGGGGUUUAGAAGGGGUGGCCUGUACCUUUCCAGGCAUGUGUACCGCAUUCCUUGCUCUGGCAUGUGAGCGCCUCAGUCCCCCGCCUGACGGCGACUGGCCCGCCUGAGGGACCCUGGCAGGCAAAGCUAGUGAGAUCCCGAACGCAAAAAGCACCUCGUGUCCCGGUCCGAGGUGGGGCGCAGCAUCAUCGUGCAGCAGCAAGCUGAAAAAGGGAGAACGUCCCAGCCCCGUGGUGCCAAGUGGGACCUGGAGCGGGCGCCUGCACUGAGGGCUCAGUGUCUCAACCCACACUUCUCUGGUGCGCCGUACCAGGGCCACCCCUUAGCCGCCGGCUGAGACCAGAAGCCAAGGGACCUGCCUGCUGAUUCCAGGGGCUGUAAGAGACACUCCAGUCCAGCCCCCUAGAAAGCCAGAGCUCUGUGUCCUGCUUAACCAGCCCCAGAACAACCUGGAUGUCACAGUGUAGCAGGCUGAUGAUCAAUGAGCUCAGCCAGGUUCCCCUGCCGGUGAUGCUGCUACCCGAUGACUUUAAAGCCAACUCCAAAAUCAAAGUGAACAAUCAUCUCUUCAACAGGGAGAACCUGCCCAGCCACUUCAAGUUCAAGGAGUACUGCCCGCAGGUCUUCCGCAACCUCCGCGAGCGCUUCGGGAUUGAUGACCAGGACUAUCAGGUCUCCUUGACGCGCAGCCCGCCCCACUACGAAGGUGACGGGGGCGACCGGCGUUUCCUCACCUCCUACGACCGGACGCUGGUGAUCAAGGAGAUCUCCAGCGAAGACGUGGCUGACGUGCACAGCCUCCUUUCGCACUACCACCAGUACGUGGUGAAGUGUCACGGGGUCACCCUGCUGCCCCAGUUCCUGGGGAUGUACCGGCUCAGCGUGGACAGCGAAGAGACCUACAUGCUGGUCAUGAGGAACGUGUUCAGCCACCGGCUCGCCGUGCACAGGAAAUACGACCUCAAGGGCUCCCUGGUGUCCCGAGAAGCCAGCGACAAGGAGAAGGGCAAGGAGCUGCCCACGCUGAAGGACAUGGACUUCCUGCACAUGAACCAGAAGGUGUACGUGGACGAGGGGCAGAAGGGCGACUUCAUGGAGAAGCUGAAGAGGGAUGUGGAGUUCCUGGUCCAGCUGAAGAUCAUGGAUUACAGCCUGUUGCUGGGCAUCCAUGACGUGCUGCGGGCCGAGCAGGAGGAGGAUGAGGAUCUGAAGGAGGAGGAAGAGGAGGGGGAAGACGUCAUGGCGGUGGGCUCCUACGGGACAUCCCCCGAGGGGAUCGGCGGCUACCUGAACUCCUACAAGCCGCUGGGCCCCGGGGAGUUCGACCCCUACGUCGACGUGUAUGCCAUCAAGAGCGCGGAAGGCGGUCCCCAGCCGGAGGUGUAUUUCAUGGCCCUCAUCGACAUCCUCACGCAGUACGACGCCAAGAAGAAGGCCGCGCAUGCUGCCAAGACUGUCAAGCACGGGGCCGGUGCGGAGAUCUCGACCGUCCACCCCGAGCAGUAUGCCAAGCGCUUCCUGGACUUUGUCACCAAUAUCUUCGCUUAGUCGUUACCCGCCCGGAGAGGCCCCCCUCUUCACCCCUGUCUCGUCUUGUCGGAGCUGAAGAUCAAAGGUGUCCCCUGCCCCCCACCCCUUGGUCUUCGUGCCCCCUGCUGUUGGCUGGCCCGAGAGCUCAGCUGAGCUCCAGAGAAGCCCGGUGGGCUGGGCAGGCUCGGUUGCUAACCAAGUGCCUUAUCUUUAUCUGCCGUCGCCGGGUGGGAGAGCGGGGGAUGGAUCCUCUGACUGGGCUGGGGGGGUGGGUGCUGCUGGCUGAGGGGCCCUGUCAGCUCAGCCCAUCUCUAGGGCUGGGGUCUGCAACCAGCCCUGUCCACAGGGCGGAGGGGGCAGUCCAGGCCCUGCAGUAUGCAAUAAAAGAUUCGACCCAUUGGUGCCUUAGAGGAGGCAGACAGGUCCUCCCUAGCAACAGUGACCCCCCCGCUUUCCUGAGCCUGGGGAUGGCAGCAGAUCCCCUCUCCUGCCCACCCCCCAUGUGUACUCCACACUGCCCCCCCCCCCCCAGAAGGGAGAAGGUUCUCUUGGCCUGUCCCAUGGUGUAAUUUAUUCCUAGGUGAAAUCUACCGGCUGGGGUCAUGGGGGAAGUUGUUAACACUAGUUUGCAUUGGGAUCCUAGCCCCCCCCUGCAGCCACCUCUCCCCACACACUACAUCCCCGUCGCCUGCCCCCAGCCUCACCCGCACGAAGCCACAGGUUCGAACCAGGGCUGGGCUUUGGGCCACCGGUGCUCAUGUCUCUCUAGGCCGCUGUGGCCUGAAACUGCUCCUCCGCCCCGGGUGCCGGAGGGGAGCGACUGGAUGCAGAGCUCCCUGCCCCCGGCUGUGAGUACUCUGAGCCCGUACCCUGGGCUCCUGGGGCCGGCAGGCCCUCCAAGGUGAGGGUAAGCCACCCCCUCUAAUUGUUUCAGCGGCAGCAACCACAGCACCU